AAGCAAAUGUUAUUGUUUUCUUCCACACUAAAAAACUAUAUUCUUUUUAUUUUGAAGUGGAAAGACUCGAAACACCAGAAAUACCAUUCCCAGACUCCCAGUAAAAGAAAGCUGCGAGUAAAGUAACGAAACAAGGAAACAGAGAGAUUGUUGCACUGCAGCGUCACCCAGUGGAAGCUACAAAGCAAAGCAAAGCAAAAAGGGUGGGUCGGUGGGAGUUUGCCAAGCGAUAAAAGCUGGCUUCGGAUAUCUGGAAACGUCUUUUCCCACGACGACGCAGGGCUCCGCUCAUUCCACAUAUUCAAAUCGGCUUUGCCCCACUAUCUUUCCUCCCUCCCACUAUGCAGAUCAACGUCUUUACGCUCUGCUCCGGCCUUAAAUUCCUUGGCUAUCUUAUGAUUCUAUUGGUUGCCGCCAUUAUUGCCGUCUCUUACUACGCCGUCGUUGUCUUCAUCUGCGGAAAUCAGCUCCUCCGUGGUGGUCUUCACUCAUUUUUCGGUUUCUCUGUCAUCAUUAUCUUCCAUGCUCUGCUUAUCUUAUUAUUAUGGAGCUACUUUAGGGUAGUUUUUAAAAACCCAGGUACUGUCCCUGAAAAUUGGAAACCUUCAGUGGAGGAAGAUAAUUUGCAGGCUAGUACUCAUCCUACACAUUCAGAUCAGGUAGCUCCUGAUGCUUCUUCUUCCACACAGUCUUUAGAUGGAAUAGAAAGAAGACAGCCUGGCUAUUGCACUCGUUGCCAAAUUGGCAAGCCGCCACGUUGUCAUCAUUGUUCUGUUUGCCAAAGAUGUGUGCUUAAGAUGGAUCACCAUUGCAUUUGGGUGGUGAAUUGUGUAGGAGCUCAGAACUAUAAGUUUUUCCUUCUUUUUUUGCUUUAUACGUUCCUGGAGACGACAUUGGAUACUUUAGUUUUGCUGCCUCAUUUUGUCAAAUUCUUUGGUGAUGCCAAAAAUCGUUCCACUUCUGCUGGAAAUCUUGCUAUUGUUUUUACAGCUUUUGUUCUUAAUUUGGCCUUUUCAUUGAGUCUUCUUUGUUUCAUUAUUAUGCAUGCAUCCCUUGUAUCUAGCAAUACUACAUCCGUAGAGGUUUAUGAGAAGAAAAGAGCAGUAAGAUGGCAGUAUGACCUCGGAAAGAAGAGGAAUUUGGAGCAGGUUUUUGGAAAGAAAAAGGCACUCUGGUUCUUCCCAUUGUUCUCAAAAGACGAUUUGGACAACAUACCUGCACUUGAAGGCCUAGAAUUUCCAACACGUGCUGAUGUUGAGGUUUGAGGCCUGCAAGCUUGGAAGCACACAAGCUUACAACUGACCAUCCAAUGCAUUAUGGAAUGAUUUUCAUGUAUGACAAGGUGUGUGUCACAAUUUGUUGCCAAAUUACUACUUACAAUUAAUGUUGUUGUGUGAAGUUGUAUAUACAUUGGUUUUAAUUAAUUCAUAUAAAAUUGGCAUAUGUUUUGGUGUGCUAAGUUGAAGUGGAACAUCAUGAUACCAUAACUGACUAGUGAAAAACUGAAUUAAUCUUUUUAGGAUCUAUUUCAUUGUCAUAUUUAACAUGA